UUCUACAUCUUAAAUCAUUCUAUCUUCUUUACUAAGCCAUUAAUAUAAUUGCUAUCUCCUAAUAUAAUUCUCUUCAACCAUUCAUAGUUUCUUUGAUUUGUAUUUCUCUUCUUUUUUUCCAUUUUGGUGUUAUUUUUUUUCUAAUAUACUUACAAGAAAAUAUGAAGGAUAGAUCAAUGGAGAAGUUUAUGGUGUUUCCAUUCUCUUUAGGGUGUGGUUCUGAGUCAAGUGUUGCAGUGACAAAAACCAGCACCAGCCAACCUGCAGCUGAGAACAUGAAAAGUUCAGUAUUAAGUCAAGUUCCAACAAAAAGACAAGUAGGAGAAGAGAGUUCAUCAAAAGUGAAAAUAAAUGGAUUUUGGGGAUUUUUGGACAGACGACAAUUUUCUCAAGGGGUGCACUCGUUGAAAAGAAGUUUCAAAGGUUUCUCUCAAUUAUUUGUGUACAAAGAAGAGAUUGAAGAAAUGGAAAUGGAGAUGAAAAUAGGGAAUCCAACAGAUGUGAAACAUGUAACACACAUAGGAUAUGAUGGAUCCACAAAAAUAAUUAAUCCUGUCAAAGGCUGGGAUAAUUCAAAAGCACCUGAAUUACUUUCUUUUCCUAGUUCUAUCUCCAUUAAACAAUUUGAGCUUGCUAUGGCUUCCCAAGCUGGUGGUUCCUCUAGGUUUUAGUAGCAAUAUAUUUGCUCUACCUUUUUCUUCCUUUUUUUUAAUGUAAGUUUCUUAUUUCUUUUUGUUCAUUCCAUGUUCUUCAUUGUCAUUUUUUAAGAUUAUUUUCUUUAUUUAAAAGGGGAGCAUGGCAUAACUGGUAAUAUUGGCCAUGUAAUCAGGAGGUCACAGGUUCGAUCCGUGAAACAGUCUCUUGCAGAAAUGCAAGGUAAGGUUGCGUAUAAUAGACUCUUCAGUGGUAAGGUCCUUCUCCAGAGCCCACGCAUAGCGAGAGUUUAGUGCACUGGACUGCCUUUUUUUUUUAAGAUUAUAUUUCUUUCUUGAGUGUGAAGAUUUUUUUUGUGUGUGUUAUAAAUGGAAUUGGUGUGUGCAACUUAACUAUGUAGACCACCAGGUUAAGGUGGGAUGGAUAGGAUCUUUCCCCUCUUAAUAAGAGUGUAAGGUUCGAGCUCUGGAUAAGCAGUGACUGCUAGAAUAAAACAAAGUAAUUUUACUUA